UUGUGUGCCAUUCCUAGCCAAUGCAAAAUAAAUCAAUCCAUACAACUUUGUUGUGUUUGUUGUUUUCCCCGUCAUCCUCGCGAAAUUUGUUUAUAAACAAAACGCAAUAAGCCGGAUAAGAUGUCAGCGUCGGCGGAGAGCCUGGCAGCAGCAGCUGCAGCGCUGGACAAAUAUGGAGAGGAGGACCUGUUCAGUAUCCUGAUCCGCUACGGAUUGUAUGUGGGGGCUGUAUUUCAGUUCGUCUGUAUUUCGGCGGCUGUUUUAAUGGCCGGCGAGGAUAGUUCCGAAAGUGGGGAGGUGGAGCGAGAGAACGAGCCCGUAAGAGCUCGCCUGCAUAAGAUCCGUAAGCUGGAAAAGAAGAAGCGGCGCUAGGUCAGCCUGCCCACCCACUCCAAUCCAUAGUCGUAAUUAGCUUUUAAGUAUACUCUAUAAUGCAUUUAUUUAAAAUAAAAUAUUUUUAAAUUGCCUGUCUGAAUCUCUCAAGGAA